CCUCCUCCACAUUUACUAGAACAGUGCAGAAGAUAGCCUCCCCCAGCUCUCGUGAGGACUGAAAAGGAAACGCUUGCUACGUUAGCUAGUUUAUUCCAAACCAAAGCUGUUUUUCUAGCUACAGUGAGCACUGAUUUGACAGACAAGCAAGAGACAGCAUUUGUUGAGGAUUCCAUAAACAACUUGAGAUAUUUACUAGUAUAUUAUCUAAUUUAUAAGCCACAACGUAAUCUACAGUGAUGCCAUCCGAUAGACCAUUCAAACAAAGAAGGUCAUUCGCUGAUCGUUGCAAAGAAGUGCAUCAAAUCCGUGACCAGCACCCCAACAAAAUCCCAGUAAUCAUUGAGCGUUAUAAGGGAGAGAAGCAGCUGCCUGUGUUGGACAAGACAAAGUUUCUUGUCCCUGACCAUGUCAAUAUGAGCGAGUUAGUGAAGAUAAUCAGGCGCCGGCUGCAGCUCAACCCCACGCAGGCCUUCUUCCUCCUGGUCAACCAGCACAGCAUGGUGAGCGUCUCCACGCCCAUCUCCGAGAUCUACGAGCAGGAGCACGACGAGGACGGGUUUCUCUACAUGGUAUACGCCUCUCAGGAGACUUUUGGAUACUAGGAGUGAGGGAAGUCUGGUCAAAGAGAUCAGUGAGAUAGGAGGCACAGGGGUACAGAGAGGGGUGAGGUAGCGUUAGGUCAAACCCAGCUGUGUGUGUUUUCUAUUUUUCACCCCACCCGGAUGAUUGAGUUCCCUUAAGGAUAAUUAAACAGACACCACCAUGUCUUUUCAUGACACUAGAAGGUAAACAUUAACGCUAUAUGCAACAUCCCCCUCCCUCUUCCCCCCCCCCCCUUAUUCGUUGGAAGUACAUUUCUAUUAGGAGUCUUUUUUAGCCUUUAGUCAUAGGCUAGUGUUUUUGGCCCAUUGGUUUUGAUUUUAUAGUUCAUUAUUUUAUCUCCCAACUGGGACCUGGUUUUUCAAAUAGAGUAGAACACUGUUAGUGUUUUUUUUGUUUUUUUUUUGGUGUUGUAACACCUUUUUACUUAUGUGGUCAUAGGCGCUAUUGCCUAAACCAAUGGUUAUUAAUCUUGUCUUGAGUUUCCCCAAUAUUGACACAGCUUACCUUUCUGGCAUAAGUCUUACAAAAGUGCAAGUGAAUUAACUACACAACCAGACAUGCAAUUGCUCUACCAUAGGCUAAGCCAUCAAUAUCCCUGUACCUAAAUCUGCUAGAGCAUUGGGUAUUUUAGGUUGUUCUCCCCUCUCCCUCUAUUUAAGUACUGUUUAAUAAUCAAUCAGAUUAAUCCAAUUUGUUUCUGUCACCUUUAGCAGUUGACUGGUUUCAUGAGCAAGAUGACCAUCCGUAUAGUCAUAACAGGUAGUGGUGGGUAUGUGUGUUGUGAUAUAAGCUAGUACUUAGAAUUGAGUAGUGGAAACAGAUGUAUAAUGUAGAAAUAAAUAUGCUUCUUUGCACAUAUACAUUUAUACUAUUAUAAUAAGACUCAGUAUUGAAAAGAAAUAAAUUAUUAACACGCUUGAUUCUUUUGUAUCUGAUAUUCUCUCCACUGUUCUGUACGUAUGCCUUUGGUAAAAUUACUUUUGAAACUAUGGGUUUGUGAUGCAGCAUACAUGACACUAGUAGGUAAACAUUAACGCUAUGUGCUACAUCCCCCCCCCCCCCCCUUGGAAGUACAUUUCUAUUAGGAGUCUUUUUUUCCUUUAGUCAUAGGCUAGUGUUUUUGGCCCAUUGGUUUUGAUUUUAUAGUUCAUUAUUUUAUCUCCCAACUGGGACCUGGUUUUUCAGAUCGAGUAGAACACUGUUAGUGUUUUUUUUUUUUUAGGUGUUGUACAUACCUUGCAUGUUUUUCAUAGUUUUUUUUGUAUUGAUUUUGGCAAUAGAUACAAUUAUUGUAAGUGUAUUAAAACAUUUAUUUUUAGAACUGUUUCCAAACCAAAAACUGAAUGUAUGUUAACAAUUGUGUGUGUAUAAACCAUAAAAUACUGAAGUUGUGUUUAUUUAAAUUCCUCAAUUGUAACUAAUUCAAGGAGUAUAGCAUUGCUUCAAAUUCAUUUUAAGCAUUCGCUAAUAAAGCAAUUCUAAAUUUAAAUUCAUUGUUCUAGUAAUGGUUGACCAGUGUCAGUGUUGAGUACAAAUUAGGGGCAAGCAAAAACAGCCUUCAUAUUACUGAUAAUCUGGGCAGAUAUUUGAAUAAAAGCAGCACCAUCACCACGGGCGUAUUGUAUGGUGUGAGCAGUCAGUCAAAAUAAUUGUUUAUUUUGUGUUUAUACGUGUGGAAAAUAAAUUCUGAUGGAUGUACUUUUUUAUAUGGACAUACACCAGUAUAUUCUUGGCAAUAA